AUGGGGAAUGCCCGCCGCGCAACGCUGACGCAGGCAGGUCGCCACGCAGUAUGGUGGAAGCCCCACCCAAGCUCCACUCCGCCGCCGCGACAUCGUGGCCGGAGCUGCUCGCCCCAUUCGACCUCUCCCGCCUCCGCUCCACGCUCUCCUGCCGCCCGCUCACCCCGCGCCGCCUCGCCCGCCUCCUCGCGCUCCCGCUCUCGCCGUCCACCUCCCUCCUGCUGCUCCAGUGGUACGCCGCCUCACACCCCGCCGUCUCCUCUCUCCCCCUCCGCCCCCUCCUCGCCGCCGCCGACGCAGACCCGGAGCGCGCGCUCUCCCUCCUCGAAUCCAUCCCCUCCUCCCACCUCCCCCCAAUCCGCGAGUCCCUCCUCAUCCCGCUCUUGCGCUCCUUGGCCCCCGGCCGCGCCCUCCACCUGCUCGACCAGUUGCCCCGCCGCUUCGCCGUGACACCCUCCUUUCGCUCCUACAACACCGUCCUCGCGGCGCUCGCCAGGGCCGACUGCCACACCGACGUGCUCGGGCUCUACCACCGGAUGGUCCACAGGGACCGCGUCCCACCCACCACCUUCACCUUCGGCAUCGCUGCACGCGCCCUCUGCCGCCUCGGACGUGCCGACGAGGCGCUCGUGAUGCUCCGCAGUAUGGCGCGGCACGGUUGCAUACCUGACACAGUGCUCUACCAGACGGUCAUCCACGCGCUGUGUGCCCAGGGUGGGGUCAACGAGGCCGCCACGCUCCUCGACGAGAUGUUCCUCAUGGGGUGCUCCGCGGAUACCCAAACCUUCAAUGACAUCGUGCACGGGCUAUGCACGCUGGGGCGUCUACGCGAGGCGGCGAGGCUGGUGGACAGGAUGCUGGUAAGAGGCUGCGUGCCAAACUCCAUGACGUACGGGUUCCUUCUCCAGGGCCUGUGUCGAGCGAAGCAGGUGGAUGAAGCACGCACAAUGCUUCGGAGGGUGCCGGAGUUGAAUGUUGUGCUGUUUAACACGGUGAUUGGGGGCUGCCUGUCCGAUGGGAAGCUAACGGAGGCGACAGAGCUGUAUGAGAUAAUGGGAUCAAAAGGCUGCCCACCAGAUGCGCACACUUUUAGUAUAUUGAUACAUGGGCUCUGCAAGCGUGGGGAGGUUGGUUCGGCCAUGAGGGUUCUUAGAGAGAUGGAGGAGAAGGGUUGCGCUCCAAACAUGGUGACCUACACCAUUUUGCUGCAUUCCUUUUGCAGGAAAGGCAUGUGGGAUGAUAUAAGAGCAAUGCUGGAGGUACUGUCGGCAAAGGGCUUGAGCAUGAAUUCGCAAGGAUACAAUGGGAUGAUAUAUGCUGUAUGUAAGGAAGGAAGGAUGGAUGACGCGAGGACACUCAUGCAAGAGAUGAAGUGUAAAGGUUACAAGCCUGAUAUUUGCACGUAUAACACAAUAAUUUAUCAUCUCUGCAAGAAUGACCAGAUCGAAGAGGCUGAGUAUCUAUUUGAAAAUUUGCUUGACGAGGGUGUUGUGGCCAAUGGAAUAACUUAUAAUACACUCAUUCAUGCACUGUUGCGCAAAGGAAGCUUGAAGGAUGCCAUAAACCUUGCUAAUGAUAUGGUACUUCAUGGCUGCUCACUUGAUGUUGUUACUUACAAUGGUCUCAUAAAAGCCCUGUGCAGAGAUGGGAAUGUUGAUCGGAGCAUGGCGUUGCUGACGGAAAUGACAGAAAACGGAAUUAAGCCAAAUAAUGUUACGUACAACCUCUUGGUUAGUGAGCUCUGUAAGAAAAGAAGGGUGCGUGAUGCACUAGAGCUCUCAAAGGAGAUGUUAAACCAAGGCCUUACUCCUGACAUUGUCACAUACAACACACUCAUAAAUGGGUUAUGCAAAAUGGGAUGGAUGCGUGCUGCCCUGAAUCUCCUAGAGAAGUUGCACAGUGAAGAUGUGUGUGCCGAUAUUAUUACGUAUAAUAUCCUCAUUAGUUGGCACUGCAAGGCGAGAUUCCUUGAUGAUGCUAAUAUGCUUCUAAACAGAGCAGUGGCUGAUGGGAUAACACCUAAUGAGCGUACAUGGGGAAUUAUGGUGCCAAAUUUUGCUAGAAAGCCACUUAGUUUUUUAUCUGACGGGGUUGAAGGUCAUUAAUUUGUUUUUGCUCUGUAUUGUAUGUUAUGGUUAGUUGUCAUGGGCUCAUGGCUUUUGGAAUCGCCACAACUUCAGAGGUUGUAAAGAUCAAAAUGGGAAGAUCAUGGUGUCCAUCAUAAUCUUCACCAUGUUGACCUGGAACAGGUAUAUACACCAGACUAUAAACGAAACAGGGGCCACUAUUCUAGUAGGAGGAAAGGAUUCAGGACAUCUUAGCAAUAGCCAUGCUGGAGGUUGGUGAUUUGUUUUUGUAUCUUGUAAUGCAUAUUGUAGCAUCACAGUGAUCUGCCCUGUGUUAGCAACUAGUGAACUGGGUUUCCAAGAUGGUGACUUCGUAGUAUGUUUCUAUCCUCAUGUAGCUUUUUCUUUACCUAUUUCUUUUCCAGGAUGGUGAUUUGUUUUUUAUAUAGUGACUUCCAGGAUUCAAGACAGUAUUCUUUACCUUUACCUGCCCCCUUUGCUUGGAAAAUCAACAUAGUAAUUUCUACUCACUUAACUUACAAGUUGAUUGACUGGAAAUCGACUGUGUUAACAACAAUGCUGUGAUAGAGCUGAUGAAUCCUGGAAGAUGUGUACCCUCGGAUGAUUGGCUGACGUCCCCUGAAGACUCCUUCGUUCAUCAAGGAGAUGUUUGCUGACGACAAUGUGGUCGUGGCACAACCAGCCAAUGCUGGCCUUGGAGCGGGUGCAAGGUUCGGUGCUAUGGACCCACAGUUCCAAUGAUCAACUGCUGUCCAUGACCUGCGGCAGAUCUGGGGAAACAGUUCCUUUAUCCAUUCAAACUGCGAGGUUGUGCAAGGCGGUUGUGUGUUUAUACAGGCUAGGACAUAGUUAUUGUGCAUAACAAAAGAUUAGUAGUAUCUCAGGCAGCUAAGUUUCUUACCGUGACAAAGCGCAAGCGAAAUGAUUCUUAAUUGGUUGGGCAGACCGGCCUUGGUUCCUGAAACAGCUUUUGCUGUGUGGUGGUGGUGGUUAACAUCUAACCGUGAUGCUUGCUUUUGGUGGCGUAUAACUGCUGUUGAUUAAAUUAGGAUUUGGGUACAGAAAACCUUGGUCCAAUGAGCCUGGGAUUGACCCCAUUCUUGUCCUAGAUAUGAGCUGAAGUUCAGUCCU